AUGGGCGCUCUCAUUGCCGUGGCUUUUGCUUUGCAGAGCCAGCCUGCCCUAACAGCCGUGUCGGUUCUGUCGCAUCAAACAGGCAAUCUGGUGUUGAAGCUUCGUGACCAUGUUGUGAUUGACGAACGCGAGCUUGUAGCUAGCCGCCUUCGACCUCGAAGCAGCUGCUCCUCCAUGCAGGGCCCUUUCUGCCAAAAGCUGACUGAUGAUUCUGGCACCAGCGCCAGCUCGAAGGGUCUGGUGGAUGGCGUCUUGUCGCAGCAGCUCCGCAUGGCUCAUCCAGAGGUAUUUCGUUGGGGAUUGGCCAGUGAUCAGAAAGUGGCGCUGGCUGUUUCCAAGCUCAUUGCGCACCUCACUUCAGGCACAUCCAAGACAGAUCUCAUGAACAACUCCGUGCGUGAAGCGCCGCCAGAGUCGAGAUCUUCGAGAUCCCGAUGCUUCGAGCUAAGCUUACGGCAUCUGCCUCUCUCACAUCGCUUUGGACAAAGUCUCCCGGCAGAUUAUUCGAGAGGUUUCCCGACAGACUUACAUCCUCUUUGGAGUGGAGCAUGGCAAGUUGUAGCCUGUCCGUACCCAGCCAAACCGGCAACAGCGCUCUUUUUUGGCGAAGCUGCUCUGCAUCAUGGGCUUUGCCUUCGAGCAGGAAGUUCACGGCUCAAGCUAGCACGCUCGGUGGUCGUGCGUCGCUUCGUCAUUGGAAUCCCGGAUUCCGCCGCUCGUUCCCCUCAAGACAAAUGGAGCAACGGUGGUUUCAUUUGUGGAUUGCUGGAGGGGCGAGAAAGAUGGUGUCGAAGUUUGGCGCAGAUGACGAUGGAUGCGCGAGCUUCCAAAGCCCACGGUGCAGGCCCGGGAAUGUUCUACACUGACAUUGGGAACAGCCUCGUGGCUGUCAAUGAGGUUGCCCUCAUUGGCAUGCCGGUGGCUGGUGUCGUGGUAGCUUCAGUUGCCUUGUCUACCGCGCCUGCGCAGUGGGCAUCUGGAAGUCAACGCCAGGUCGUCCUGUUGCGGCGGCCUCUUGUGCAGCAGAAGAUCGUGCAGCCCCCUGGACCUGUUGAGGGGACUCUAGAAACCAUUUCGUCCGAUGCAGCUGUCUGGGAUGCUGAUGACAUAUUGUUGCAUGGUCUUCGUCUGAGCAGACGUGUGAGCUUUGUCGAUCAGCUCCGCGAGCGGCCUCCCGUGAGCGGACCCUCUCCGCGGAUGGUCGAGGAGGUGGACACGCAGGCUGUGGUGCCGGAGCCGUCAGAAGUUUCAGCUGAGGGGUGCUUCUCUGAGCCUCUUGGAAGUUUGCAGGGAGGCAUCCUCUGA